CGAAUUAACAUUUCUCUCUCUCUCUUUCGUCUGUACUCUUCUUAUUCUUCAUCUUCUCUAUUCAAAUAUCUGAAAAAGAUCAUAACUUCGGUGGAAGCUGAGUGAAAUGGAUCAAGUUAUGCAGAAGCCGAAGACCAAGAUCGUUUGCACUCUUGGACCCGCCUCCAGGUCGGUACCCAUGGUCGAGAAGCUUUUAAGGGCUGGUAUGAAUGUUGCUCGUUUCAACUUCUCUCAUGGAUCUCAUGAAUACCAUCAAGAAACCCUUGAUAAUCUCAAGCAGGCCAUGGAAAACACUGGGAUCCUCUGCGCCGUCAUGCUCGACACAAAGGGUCCAGAGAUUCGAACUGGGUUUCUGAAAGAUGGGAAGCCUAUCCAACUGAAGAAGGGUAAUGAAAUCACAAUAUCCACUGACUAUACAAUCAAGGGUGAUGAGAGCACGAUUUGCAUGAGUUACAAAAAGUUGGCUAUGGAUGUCAAGCCAGGGAUGGUGAUACUAUGCGCAGAUGGUACCAUUUCGUUUACUGUUUUGUCAUGUGAUGUGAAGAACGGUUUGUUGAGGUGCCGGUGUGAGAACUCUGCUGUUCUUGGUGAGAGGAAGAAUGUUAAUCUUCCAGGGGUCAUAGUGGACCUCCCAACCUUGACAGAGAAAGACAAAGAGGAUAUUUUACAGUGGGGAGUUCCUAACAAGAUCGACAUGAUCGCCCUCUCCUUCGUUCGGAAAGGUUCUGAUCUCGUGGAGGUUCGCAAGUUGCUCGGGAAGCAUGCCAAGAACAUCCUUCUCAUGUCGAAGGUUGAGAAUCAAGAAGGCGUGGCAAACUUCGAUGACAUCUUGGCCAAUUCGGAUGCAUUUAUGGUUGCGCGAGGUGAUCUUGGAAUGGAGAUUCCCAUUGAGAAGAUAUUUCUGGCUCAGAAAGUGAUGAUCUACAAAUGCAACAUCCAAGGAAAGCCUGUUGUUACAGCUACGCAGAUGUUGGAGUCGAUGAUCAAGUCGCCCCGGCCAACUAGGGCUGAAGCAACUGAUGUUGCCAAUGCUGUUCUUGAUGGCACUGACUGUGUGAUGCUCAGUGGCGAAACAGCUGCUGGAGCAUACCCCGAUCUUGCUGUUCAGACCAUGGCUAAGAUCUGUGUAGAGGCAGAGAACACCAUUGAUUACGGGGAUGUCUUCAAGAGGGUUAUGGAACACUCUCCGGUGCCAAUGAGUCCAUUGGAAAGUUUGGCUGCCACUGCUGUUAAAACAGCUAACUCAUCCAAAGCGACUCUCAUUCUUGUACUCACCAGAGGUGGAAGCACAGCCAAACUGGUGGCCAAGUACAGGCCAGGAAUGCCCAUAUUGUCUGUUGUUGUCCCCGAGAUCAAGACCGACUCGUUCGAUUGGUCAUGCAGCGAUGAAGCUCCGGCAAGGCACAGCCUCAUCUUUCGCGGGUUGGUUCCUGUUUUGAGUGCCGGGUCUUCAAGGGCGUCUUCUGCUGAGACGACCGAAGAAGCUCUUGAGUUUGCCAUUCAACAUGCCAAGUCCAAGGGACUCUGCAAGAUUGGAGACUCAGUGGUGGCUCUACAUCGUGAUGGAACUGCCUCUGUUAUCAAGAUCUUGACCGUGAAGUGAGUGAUUCAUCAGAUCACUUGAAUUUUUGGAUGUUCUUCUCAUUUUCAAUUUGUUUCUUUUUGGUUAAAAAGAAAAGGUCGUUUUUUGUCGUUGGUAUUAAAGGCCUCGGAUAUUUUAAUUUUUUUGCUAUUUAAUUUCUAUUUCAAAAUAGAGAAAAAAACAUCACAACCUACCAUUUAAUAUAUAUAUAUGCCCCAGUGAGACUGAUGAGCUGAAGUAAUCCAAUUAUUAUUUGUCA